AUGAUUACCAAUGGUAACCGAAUAGCCCAGGCACGGAGGGAUGAGCUGCUGUAUCUGGAAAAUCUAUUUCAGGAACUCUCUUCUCGUGCGGUGUCACAAGGUCUGAAACCUUUUACUUUGGACAUCCCGGAUGGUGCUGAGGCUACGACGGAGAUCCGCAUGGAUGAUCGGAAUGGAACAGUGCCGGAUGGAAAGGAUGAUCCGAUAUCUCUGGAUGAUCAUGAUCCUUUGUGGAUGGGCUAUUCUAUCCCUGGACCCCAUGCACCGUAUCCGACUGACAUGGGGGUGCCGAGCGUUGAGUUGCUCUCUUACAUUGGUAUCUCCUCGGCUGACUUUUUGUCUAUCGUGGAUCAAAUUGGCAAUCCCGAUAUUUCGUAUAGCGCGGUGGAUUACGGACCCAGAGCCGAUGAAGGAUGA